AUGAGCGAUCAUCUCUCGCAGCAGCUAACAAUGCUGCAAUCUGUAGAGCGAGCGCUCUCCAACUUUAAAAAAGUUGGCAGAGCCAAUUACACUGCGGCUAAGAUUCGUCAACGAAUGUCAACCUUGAAGGAGACCUGGACACGGUGCAUUGAGAAGCACGCUAUCCUGGCACGAGCUUUCACCGCCGAGCAGCAGCGGACCAUGGACUACUUUUCGAACACAAUCUUCGAAAAUUGCGAGGAAUACUACGAGACAACCCUCGACUACAUGGCCGACUGCCUCGAAGAGCUGGAUCCAACGCCCACCAGAACGAGCCUGUCGCAGUCCACGAUAAGUACCGCUAAACCAUCAUCCUUUUCAUUAACUCAUUUGCCGCCGAUUCAACUACCGCCGUUUUCGGGAAAUGUCGAGGACUGGGAGAGCUUCCGCGAUCGCUUUACUUCUCUCAUAAUUCAAAAUACCGAAUUAACUGCAUUUUCGCGGAUGCAUUUCCUAGCUUCAAGUCUCACCGGUCGUGCGUUCGACACUAUAAAAUCUAUUCAAAUCACCGCGGAUAAUUUCGAUAUCGCGUGGAAAACAUUAAUUUCACGAUUCGACAAUAAGCAACGGCUCGUCGACGUGCACGUAUCAGCGCUAUACUCUCUGCCGACGGUUGCUCGCGAAUCCGCUGUCGAACUUAACGCACUUCGCGCCAAAGCGAAUCGCGCUAUCGCUUCUUUACAAAAUUUGAAUCGAUCACCCGAUCAAAUGUUGAGCGAUAUGUUAGUUUUUAGCGUCACGCAAAAACUUGAUCACGCUACUCGGAAAGCGUGGAAGUUAAAAACCGGUGACGACCCGAACAUUCCUUCGUAUGAAGCUCUCGACCGAUUUCUCGACACGCGCAUUCGUGCAUUGAAGGAAAUCUCUCCGGCUAAUGCUUCCAAAUUCUCGCGCGUGCCAAAAGUUACCAGUGCUAACGCCACUGCCUCUGGUUUAUCGUGCCCACUAUGUCGGGCCGCGCAUUUCAUCAACAAAUGUCCGCAGUUUUUGCGGAGGACUCCGAGUCAACGCCUUGAAGUCAUUUUAAAAGCGAAGCGAUGCGUCAAUUGUUUGAGCGCAAAGCACGCUGUACAAACGUGUCCGAGUCAAUACUCGUGCAGAACUUGCCAAAGCAAGCAUCACUCGAUGCUGCACGUUGACUCGGCCUCUUCCUCAACUGCAUCCGUUGUCUCUCUAAAAAACGAAACCUCGUCGAGUGUGUCGUCAGACUCUAUCGCGAUCACUUCGGCCACGGCAUUAUGCUCCCAGCGAACAGGCUCGGAGAUCACCUUCAUCACGGAGCGUCUCGCACAAACUCUCAGAAUGCGUCGCAUUCGCCAACCACUCUCGAUUUCCGCCGUCGGCGGAAUGAACGCCGGAACUUGUCAAUUCGCCGCUAAGAUUCGGAUCGCUCCGAUCAAUCAAGCUGCUCCCGUGUUAACGACAACCGCGUCGAUUCUCAGAUCUCUCACAAAAUAUUCGCCUUACAAAGCAAAUUAUAGCUAUGAUUGGAGCUAUAUAAACAAUCUCAAUCUGGCCGAUCCGAAUCCAACAAGCGCUGACCCGAUCGAAAUCCUUAUCGGAGCAGACUUAUAUGGCGAGUUGCUGCUUAGCGGCGUUCGUAAAGGCGCCCCUGGGCAGCCAAUUGCGCAGCAAACCAUUUUCGGCUGGGUUUUGUCGGGGCCCAUUUCCGAGCUGUCGAUGCAAUCGCGAGCGAUCACCGUUCAGCAUUGCGCGAAUUCGGAGGCUCUAGAUCAAGAGCUCAGACGAUUCUGGGAAAUCGAAGAAACUCCUCGACAGGCUCUCCUGAGCCCUGAAGAGCAGCAAUGUGAGGAGCAUUUCACAGCCACGCAUUCGCGCAGUGCUGACGGCCGAUACACAGUGCGCCUUCCGUUUAAGCGCGGUUCGCCGAUCGACAUCGGCGAUUCGCGCCACACGGCUGAACGCUUCUUGCGAGGCUUACAUCGUCGCUUCCUUCUACAUUCCGACCUUCGUGCGGCAUACGCCGAAUUAAUGCACGAUUACGAAUCAUUAGGACAUAUGAACGAAGUGAAGAGCGAUCAAGGCGCCUCGCAGGAAGUGUAUCUCCCUCAUCAUCCUGUCAUUCGCGACAGUAGCGUCACGACAAGAUUGCGAGUCGUAUUCAACGCGUCGAGUCUGACGACCAAUUCAACGUCGCUGAAUAAUUACUUGCUCACCGGGCCACAGUUACAAGCGGACUUAUCGGCGGUCAUUCUGCGCUGGCGACAGUUCCGCUACGUUUACGCCGCCGAUAUAACGAAAAUGUAUCGCCAAAUAGUUAUGGACCCGCGUGACAUCGAUUACCAGCGAAUUCUGUGGAGCGGCGCUCCUUCAGAACCCGCUCGAGCUUAUCAGCUCACUACUGUAACAUACGGCACAGCCUGUGCGCCAUUUUUAGCGCUACGCGUCAUUCGUCAGCUCGCUCAAGAUGAGGGUAGUUCUUUCCCACUCGCUGCUAUUGUGCUGCAAAAUACUUAUGUCGGUGACGUUCUCUUCGGGGCGGACGACAUACCUCUCCUUCGUCAAGUUCGCGAGCAGGUAUGCGCGUUGCUUCGUCGAGGCCGAUUCGAGCUGAGAAAAUGGGCUCAACUCCUCAGCGAUAUUGCUAGCGCAGAUCACGGCCUCGUUUGCGAUAAGAUGCUUCAAACAGAUGACCAUCUUAAAAUUCUCGGCAUCAGGUGGAAUCCGUCCUCUGACGCCUUUCAAUUUAACGUCACGCUUCCGCAUUCCGAGCAGACUACCAAACGGUCGAUCCUUUCAACUAUCGCAAGAUUGUUCGAUCCGUUGGGGUGGAGUACUCCGGUUACUGUUGUCGCGAAGAUUUUCCUUCAGAAACUCUGGCUGCUCAAAAUCGGAUGGGACGACGUGCUUUCCGCUGACAUUCUCGAUCGCUGGGACACCAUUCGCUCAUCCCUCGCCGCUCUGCACGGUCUUCAAUUGGAUCGUUGGAUCCAACGCGGUGCAGAUAGCGUCAGAUGCGACUUACACGGUUUCGCAGACGCAUCUUUGCACGCUUACGCUGCCGCCGUGUAUAUUCGAAUAGUUUCGUUAUCCGGUGAAAUAACAGUACAAUUGUUAAUCGGAAAAUCAAAAGUCGCGCCGAUAAAAACAUUAAGUAUUCCACAGCUGGAACUCGCCGCUGCCGUGUUACUCGCGAAACUAAUCGAUUUUGUCAGAUCAUCCCUGCAUCUCCCUGCAGAUUCUUGCCACUGUUGGACCGAUUCCACGGUAGUUCUCGCGUGGGUGGCGCAACAUCCAUCAAAGUGGAAGACGUUCGUCGCGAAUCGCGUCUCUGAAAUACAAUCUAGACUCCCAAACGCGCAAUGGAGCCACGUCCCCACUGAUCACAAUACCGCGGAUUGCGCGUCACGCGGUAUACCCGGUGAGAAUUUUGCGUCUCACACGCUCUGGUGGCGGGGACCUGCAUGGUUACAUUGUUCUGAAUCCGAAUGGCCGGUGCCAUUCGAUUCGUCUCCUUCGAUGACCACGAUGGAGCGAAAAGAAAACGCUGCGUCUUAUCUCGUGUCGCGACGGAAACCAUGGGACCUUGCCGCACGGUACUCGUCGUGGCCGCGUUUAAUUCGUGUCACCGCCUACAUCAUGAGAUUCAUCUCAAAGCUUAAAAGACACUUGGUGCCGCGCGACACAUGCGACGAAGGCUCCCGGUCAAUUUCCGCGCUCGAAUGUAGAAAAGCACGAGACUUUUGGUUGUCGCAAAUUCAAUCAAAAUUAUUCGCGCGGGAAAAGGAAUCUUUGUUGCAGCAACGUUCGAUUCCAGCGAAGAGUGCAUUGUUGUUUUUAACGCCGUUUCUCGGCGAAGACAAACUAAUCCGCGUUGGCGGGCGGUUGUCGCGUGCCCCCAUGCAGUUCUCCGAAAAACAUCCUAUAAUCUUAGCUGCACAUCCUCUUGUGAACCUCCUCGUGCAGCACGUGCAUUUAAGAUCUCUUCACGCGGGGCCUCAAUUAACUCUAGCCACUCUUUGUCAAGAGUACUGGAUAUUGCGCGCUCGAAAUAUCGUCAAAGGUGUCGUUUUCCGCUGCGUAGUAUGCACGCGUGAAAAAGCAGCUACUCCCACUCAAUUGAUGGGAAACUUGCCUUCGGUGCGCGUUUCUCCUCCUGCGCGCGCGUUUAUUCAUUGUGGCCUCGAUUAUGCUGGUCCCGUCUUAAUCAAAUCAAUGUUGGGACGCGGUGUAGCUUCCCGCAAAGCCUACAUCUCCAUCUUCGUCUGUAUGGCCACGCGAGCCAUACAUUUAGAAUUAGUCGAGAGUUACUCCACUCCAGCCUUCUCAGGCGCCUUUUCAAGAUUCUACUCCCGACGUGGCCUGCCUGAGUCAGUCUACUCUGAUAAUGGAACCACGUUUGUAGGCGCCGAUCGCGAAUUGGCUGCAUCAUUUCGAGCCGCGCUGCGCGAUCCAAACUUUCCAAAAUAG